AAUUGGAGAGAAGGAUUGCUAAGAGUGCCGUAAUAAUCAAAAGAGAAAGUAAACAAAGAGAAUCUCUCAUUGUUACAUACGUCGUUUUGAACAUUUUAUACAGAUAUUUAAAUAAUUCGCGAGAUUGUUUAUAGCUUUACAAAUGACAAAUGUGUCCACCUCUACUAAAUAUUUUGAGCUAGCAAGUCCAAAUCAGUAUCACUCAGAUGUAAAAAAAGAACUGGCAUUCCUGAUUACAUAAAAACUGUUGUUCCAGCCUUAUGGCGUGCGCCUUUUUCCUUUUGUGACUCAAUUUGUGGUGAAAAUGGGGAAAACACGGAAAACCAAUUCCCAAAAGUUGAUGCUGAGAAUGGCCAACACUGUGAAUAUGGGAUUUAUGAAAGAAAAUGUUACGGUGAACAAGCCAGAAGAAAAUAAAACAUUGGGUAUGAAGCGUACGAGACAUCCACUGCGAAAGGUAACACGAAAUACAAAAAUAUUGAAGACGACCAUGCAUGAAGAAAUUAAAAACAUUGGUUCUGAUUCGGAAGAAGAAUGCGUCCAGGAGAUCGCUGUGGACAACACUAGACAGGAUUUGGAGAAACAAGAUGAGCUAAUUCAAUUAGCGGACUCCAGUGAAGCUGAAAAAGGUCAAUCGAGUGCAGUGUCCGAUGUAAAUCCUACCGCAGCAAUCAUCCCAAAUUUUUUGGCAAAAUCACGAACCUUGAGGACGAUAACCUGAAGUUGCGGAAUCUAAACAUGAAGCUGCAAACAGCAUUAAUUGACAAACCCGGAGAAGUUUCUUUUAAAGAGUUUCCGGAAAGAAAUCGAAUAAUCCAAGCGGAAAGCGUAAACCGAGUUUGAAUGAAGCUUCUCAAGUCAAUGAAGCGUGUAAUCCGGAGAAACUGGAUCUGGAAAAGGUU